AUGAUAGAAGACGGUCCAGGAUCACAACACGGAGGCCAACUCGGGCCCGGACUAGGCAUGGUUACUAAAUCGCAGCAAGAUGAUGGGAUCAAACAACGUCCUCAGUAUUCAAUGCCGGGGAUUCUCCACUUUCUUCAGACGGAAUGGGCGAGAUUCGAAAUGGAGAAGUCACAAUGGGAAGUCGAACGGGCAGAACUACAAGCGAAGAUAGCAUUUUUACAAGGGGAGCGGAAGGGACAAGAGAAUCUGAAGCAGGACUUAGUGAGGAGAAUAAAGAUGUUGGAAUUUGCUCUCAAGCAGGAAAGAGCUAAGUACCACAAGCUGAAGUAUGGUACUGAUUUGAAUCCAGAAGAUUUAAAACCACCAUCUUUUGACAAGGAAAAUAAAGAUGACCAAAUAGAUGGGGAAAUUUCCCUGUCUACUUCAUCGGGAACAAGCAAUGCCACCUGGCGUCAGGGGCGACAACUGCUUAGACAAUAUCUACAGGAAAUUGGUUAUACUGACACCAUCAUUGAUGUCCGGUCGGCUCGAGUUCGCUCCCUUCUAGGCCUGCAAACCCAGACAGGAGAUGCAGACACUGACAUCUCUCAGUCCAUACUGGUCAAUGGAGAGCAGUCCAACAAACGAGACCUUCAGGGGAAGAGGGCAGGAUUAAAGAAAAUUGGUAACAUGGCCACUGAUAAUGCUUUAAUUGAUGCAGAGAAUGCCGUCAUGACCACAUUUGAUUUCCUCAGUACUGGCAGUGUAGUGGAUGAUGAUGAUGACUUAAGUGAUGAGAAUGAAGAUGGCAUGGCAGCUGAUGAUGAAGCUGAAGAGAGGCUUGAGAGAAAAGGGAUUAGACUGAAGAAUGACAACAAAGAAAGUCUGGCAGGAUUGGAUGAUAAUGACCCAGACACUGUAGAAGCACUUGCUGAGUUUCAUUUUCUGGAGUCAGAAAUGGUGGAGAGAGCAGAGAAGCAUGACUCUCCGGCUGGUGAGGACGAGGAGUGGGUGGUAAAUCAGCGACAUAUAUCUGAACUCAAAGAGCAGUAUAAAAAGGAGAGGAAGGGAAAGAAAAAUAGGCCGACCCGGCAUGCUUUGCAGGCCAUGCUUGCCAACCUGGGUAGUGAAGAGGAGACAACCACAGCUGAAGAUGAUUCUCAGUUGAACACAGAUGUUCCUGCAGGGGGCCAAAUCAACUAUGCUCGCAAGCCAAUGAUGGGCAUACAGGAUGAUGAGGAGAACUUAGAUGGUGGUCUUGGACUUGGGGAGUUGGCUGGGCUGACUGUCAACAAUGAGGCAGAUCCUAUGAACUACGAUAUAUCAGCACCUAAGGAAGUCUAUAGAAAAACCUGGAAUGCUAAAUAUACUCUCCGAAGCCACUUCGACGGAGUUCGCGCUCUAGCAUUUCACCCAGUAGAACCUGUCCUACUAACAGCAUCAGAGGACCACACACUCAAGCUGUGGAACUUGCAGAAAACAGUCCCUGCUAAAAAAGCUGCAUCGCUGGAUGUGGAACCCGUCUAUACAUUUCGAGCUCACGUUGGCCCUGUUCUGUGCCUGGCAGUGAGCCCAGCAGGCGAGCAGUGCUACAGUGGGGGUAUGGACAACACCAUCCAGUGCUGGAAUAUACCAAAAUCAGAUAUCGAUCCAUAUGACUCCUUUGAUCCAAAUGUCCUGUCCGACACCUUGCAAGCUCACACAGAUGCAGUUUGGGGUUUGUCAAUACAUAGCUCCAAGAACCAGCUCCUCUCCUGUUCUGCAGAUGGCACUGUGCGUCUCUGGAGUCCCGGGAGCAAGUCUCCAUUACUCAGUACUUUUACUGUUGAAUCAGAAGAAGGUGUGCCCACCUCCGUAGAUUUUGUGCGUUGUGACCCACACCAGAUGGUUGCCAGCUAUACCUCCUCUAACACUUACAUUUUCGACCUUGAGACCGGCAAGCAGGUUCUCCUCCUUGAUACAAAAGCCAACUCUGAUUCCAGUGGAAGCAACCAGAUCAACCGUGUAAUCAACCACCCAACUCUGCCAAUCUCCAUCACAGCACAUGAAGACAGACACAUACGAUUCUUUGACAAUAACACAGGCAAAAUUAUUCACUCUAUGGUAGCUCACUUAGACUCUGUUACAAGUUUGGCAAUAGAUCCCAAUGGCUUGUAUCUGUUAUCAGGGAGUCAUGACUGUUCAAUUAGGUUAUGGAAUUUAGACAGUAAAACGUGUGUUCAGGAAAUCACCUCCCAUCGCAAGAAGUUUGAGGAGUCUAUUCACGAUGUUGCCUUCCACCCUCAGAAACCAUACAUUGCAAGUGCUGGGGCCGACGCACUGGCCAAGGUUUUUGUAUGA